UCACUUGUAUCACACUGUACGCUACAGCUGUGUUCUGAGUCCUCGAGUAAAGUCAUACUGUUUUACUAGUGUCUUUGUGGGAAAUCGGUGUUUAUAAUAUUGUUUGGUAAAUAAAAAAUAGUGUAAAAUAUGUGAAGAGGGUGGAAAGUGUGGCAAACUUGGCUGGCAUGUUUACUAAACAAGUGUAGGAUGAAUCUAGGUGUUCUUAUCCCUAAAUUGGUUUGGAUAAUGCCUUGGAUUUUACAAUACUGGAUCGUACCCUUAUGUAUGGGGGCCAUCAUCACAAUAGUGGACACUGAACAAACUUCAUACUUCGACUGGAAUAGAUCAAAUCCCAUGUUUAACAAUUCAUCUGGUGCCCAGUUAUCCAUUCCGAUGGGCUCUCAUUUGAAGAUUGUUUGCCCUUUACAGACCAGCUCCUCCAAAGCAAAUGAGCUCUACUACAUUUUAUACUGGGUUCCCGUGGAAAGCUAUACAAGCUGCUUCAAAACCAACAACAAGUCGAGUAGCUCGGUCCUUGUCAUCUGUAACAAGCCAAAUAUGACGUUUGAUUUCACAGUCGAAAUUACGAAUUUCACAGGAACACCUAAUUCUAAAGAGUUUGAGCUUGGGAAAAGUUAUUAUAUAGCAUCGUUUUCCACAGGGACGUCAGAAGGUCUGUUAAACACGUAUGGUGGGGCAUGUAAGGAACAGAACAUGAAGUUGAACCUGACCGUAGUUGGGCAGAAGCUCCCCCCAACACAAGGCCCACAUCAGACCAGCACCCCAAAGGCAACCCCACGUUCAUCCACAGCCAGACCUACAGUAUCCGCUGCAACAGAACCCCCGCCCACACAGCCCACUACUGUAAAAAUUCAACCAACAACCCCGAAACCUUCAAUAAAAACAACGCCUCAUUCAGAACCUCGACCUACAGACAUUCCUGUUUCACCUGGCAACACAGAUACUAUUAUAAAUGUGCCUGACCACGGUAACACGGGCGUGAUAGAUGUAAGUGGUGCCGCGGUUCCCAGUGCGGUACCAACCCUUCUGCUCAGUCUCUGUCUUUCCUUGUCUCAUAUACUGUACAUAAACACAUGGCUCAUACAACGGUAGCAGGGUCUGAGGGUAGCUAGUGUUUUAUUCCAAUCAUAAACUUACGAUCUGUCUUCAUUGUGUGCUGCAAAGAUAUCAUCCUGAAUCAGAUUCUUGUUGCUCAUCAUCACCAGAGGAUAAACUGUGGAAAACGGAGGAAGCCAUAAGUGCAUAGACUUCCUGAGUGACACUGAAAGGGUGAAUUGAAACAUUCCAUUAUUGUUAUGUCUGUGUGAAGUUUGUGAGUGAUGUCAACAAGACAGGACACAGCAUCAAAAGUGCCAGAUAUAUGGACUGGUUUUGAAAUUAUCUUUUCAAAUAAGUGCAUUUUUGCAUAAUUGUGGUAAAAGUAGUCACCAGCCUAGCUUAACAGGCUGGGCCACACAAGUUGACUUUGGAUGACAAAAUGUGCUAACCAAAGAACUAACACAGUCUACAUUGCUUAAGAGAGGUAGACUGGCAUGAAACAUGUGAUAUCAAACAAAAGGAAGUGCAGUGCUCUUGCCUAUAAAGGAGUUGCAUGUAGAAAUAAGAAAUAUUUAUCUGUUCUGCUGCUUUUAGUUGUAUGGUCAGCUUUCAUCAUUAUGAAAUAUUCAGAUGUUUCUUAAUAGCCGUACUUUAUGCAUCAUACCGCUACUAGUCAAUUCUUUUUUAGGAAUAUGGUUUAAAAUAAUAUGACUAUACGGUAGAUGUCAUGUCGCAAACCAAACAGUGCCCUAUGUACAUCAAGGUUUAACUUCAUCAACCAUUUCUUUUUGGUAAAUAAGUUUUGAUUAGAACAGAAGCACUAAUAUGUUAAUUGCUAAUUUACACUUUUUUUAAAAACAUUGAACACAAAAAUUAAUAACAAACAAUUUGGAACUUUAAAGAUGAUGAGUGAAAUGCCAAGCUCUGCUUCAACUCUUGCCUUCUGUAUGAAUGCUUCCUGAACAUGUGGUCAGUUGUUGCCAUAAUUGGUUGGGAGAUGGUGCAUGGCAAUUUGUACAUAAUUCUAUGUGUAACAAGUGUAUCUGUGAUGUUUCUUCUAAUGCCAUAGUGAGAUGGGACACUAAAUGAGAGCUUUUAAACUAAAAAACAUAUUAUUUAUUUACAACAAUGCUGUUUAUCUGUCAUUCAUGCAAAUAUUGCAAAAAGUUGAUUUUGGAUAUUUAUAUUACAUGUUCACACAAAUCAUCUAGCAGCUUUCCAUAAAGUUACACAUGUGUACCCAUCCCUAUCAAGUGAUGGAUUUUGUGUUAUUAACCUGUUUUUGAGUCCCAGUUUACUUGAACCAAUUUUGGUUCUGCUUUAGUUGUUAUAUUUUUAAAUCGUAAUGUCCCUCUACCAAAGUAAUAUAUGUUUUGAUCGUUACUUCAUUGUUGACCAUUUGUGUCCGUAUAUGAUCAAUUCAGGAAGCAGUAUUAAUACGAUGCAUUCCAGUGCACUCCCUUUUUCCUGUAGAAUUUGAAUGGUGCUAAUACAAGAAUUUAAAGGGGAAAUGAAGUUAAUAUGUAAUCUGUGAGGGGAAAUGAUGCUGACAUAUUAUCUUGAAGAGGAAAUAAAGUUGACAUGUUAUAUUUUCAUGUACAUGUAAACAAACUGAUAUAUCUCAUUGAAGAACAGUAGUAAUUUUAAUGUAAAUUCUGAAGUUGGUAGUUAUUUUUUGUUGUGUUAAGGUCAUUGCUCAUUUUAAGGUCAAGGCCAUCUCAUUACUGACUUACUUUGUUAUGUUUUGUUCAUGUAAAUAAAUAGUCCCCUUGUAUAGAAAAGUGAUUCUUUCACUCUAAUCAAUAUUUAAUCUCAGCCUGAUGAUAAUCACACUUUCUACAGAACUAACUGGCUUAUUUCUAACCAAAGUACAUACGAAAUUAAUAUUUCUGUGGUUAAUUAUUAAUCUGAUAAACCAACACAAUUAGAGAAGUUUGCAUAAUAAUGUAUUUUAAGGGAGCUCAUUUUGCAAUAUUUAUUGUAAUAUGCAAUAGAUCAUAGAUAUACCUAUAUUUAAUGUAAUUUUUAACUCUUUACGGACAUUUUAAAAUUUCAUGUAUUAAUGUUACCUCAUUUCAUCAUAAUUAUAUGUUUACAUUUAUGUUUCUCAUCACCACAAAUGAACUGAAUUUAAACUAUUUAAACACAUGAUUAAUUUUUGCUAGAAAAAAAAUCAGUUAUGAUUGCUCUUUUUAUCUUUAAAACCCCUCAGUUUUUAUGUUGGUAUUUUCAGUAUUAUAUGAAAAUUAUUUUCGAUGCACACAGUCUGCUCAGAUUAAUGAAUCCCAAAUACAAAAAUUGAACAAAAAUUAAGACUGAAUUUAAGGACAUAAUUCACUUGUAUAUAAUUUGCACCAAGAGAGAUAUAUAUUAACAAUACAGUGUAUAUAUGUAUAAAGAGAGAAAACUAUUGUAUAUAAGAGUUGCAAUGCAUAUUUAACAUUUCCAAACAGGUUGAAUGUUUGAAUAAAAGUAGACAUUGUAGCCUCAAUGUCUGCCUUAGUCUCAGCAAUCUCAGCAUCUUUGCAUUUUAUUGUUGAUAUUUUUGAAAUCUUUUUUUUAAUAUGAGAAUAAAAACAUGUUAAUUUAAAUGCAAAUAACAUAGGACUUUCUACAAGAACACACAUACACUUUUCAAUGAAAGAUGUCAAUGAAGUAAAUGCUUUUGUAAUUCCGUUUUGAAAUUGAUAGAAGGUUACAGUUCUAGACAUGUUGCGGAGUGUUUAAAUUUGUUAACAUGGUGGUGAUGAACCUGUGACAUGAGUGACGUCAUUUGUUAAUUUGUUUUUAAUAGAUCAAUUGUUACUUGUAUUUCUAUGUUAAUUAAGUGUAAUGAUCUAAUGAAAUUUUUAAUUUGUGCAAUUGUUUUUUGUACUGAAUAAUGUAUAUUAUUGAAGACUUUUGAUUAAAAUUCAAAAUCAA